AUGGGCUUAAUGGACUCGCAAGUUUUAGUUGCUCUUGGUCUUUCGCUUUUGGGUGGCUUGAGCACCUCUAUUGGUGCAUUUUUUGUCGUCAUUAAUCCGACGCCAAAUCUGAAGAUGCUUGGUCUUUUGCAGGGUUUUGCUGCAGGUCUCAUGUUGAGCAUAUCUUUCUUAGAUUUGGCCCAUAAUGCCAUUAACUCCAUUGGCUUCUUAAAGGGAAAUCUCUGGUUCUUUGCAGGGGUCAUUUUCUUUGCCAUUAUAGCUAAUUUCAUCCCUGAACCAACACUUGCUCCCAUUUCAGAUGUGAAUACAAAAAAGACAAAUGGGGAUGAAAGGGGCAAGGAUAUGAUGAAAAAGCAUCGCCGCCAAGUCUUGUUUAGUGGAAUCAUCACAGCUGUAGGUAUAAGCUUGCACAAUUUCCCUGAGGGAAUGGCAGUGUUCCUUGGGUCAAUGAAGGGUCUUCGAGUCGGAUUGAACUUGGCACUAGCUAUUGCUUUACACAACAUUCCAGAGGGGGUUGCAGUUGCACUUCCUGUUUAUUUUGCUACCGAAAGCAAAUGGCAAGCAUUCAAGCUAGCAACCCUUUCUGGCUUAGCUGAGCCUCUUGGUGUAAUUAUUGUAGCUUACCUAUUCCCGAGCAGCUUAAGUCCUGAAAUUCUGGAGGGCCUGCUGGGAUCAGUUGGUGGGGUGAUGGCUUUUCUAACAUUGCACGAAAUGCUGCCAUUGGCGUUUGAUUAUGCUGGACAAAAGCAAGCUGUCAAGGCUGUUUUCUUUGGAAUGGCUUUCAUGUCUGCUAGCCUGUAUUUUCUUGAGAUCAGCUUACCAGAGGAUUUAAGCCUGUAG